CGCGUGAAAUUUUCUCGGGAGAGGAAAAAACCCAUGGAACAAGAAGGCGGGCUUGUUUAUCCCCAAGCACAAAGUCCUCGGUCCAUUUGGCUCGAGGCUGGCGACGCCGUCACGGUCCGUAUCUUGUUAUUUGCUCUAUGCUGGCGCGACCACUGGAUUGAGUGUAACUCACUUGGGGCCUCAGGCCCCAGUAAGGAGUCGCAAAUUAAGGAGCUGUUCAUGACUGACACUCAUCCCCCAUCAUUGGAAAUCAGAAGGGGAUUUGUUAAGUCCGAGACCAGCGCCUACAAGUCCAUUCAAGUGCCGCGGAUAUCUGUUAUGCGCACGGCGAGGUCGGUAGCGCCAGCUUGGUAUCUCGCGCCCUCGUUCCCACAAAGCCGAGAGAUCGAGCUUACUGGACUUACUUCCCACCUGCAGAGGUUGCAAAGGACAUAUAACGGCGCGGCGGAACCCGCAGAGCAACCACAUGGUUUAGUAGCAAGGCAAUGCAUAGGGACAAGAAAGGGGGGCGCUUUCAAGUCCUUCAUCACUGCUCCAACACGAAAACAGCUCGAAGGCGGCAUGAAUAACGAAGAGCAAAGUCUCAAGCUUUCUGCAACUCUGCGGGGGCGAGCCGACACACAGCAAAUCAGGAAACUAGCAAGAAACCAAACAGAAAGUCGAUCAAUUCGCAUGAGCAGCCAAAAGAAAGACUGA